AUGGGACAAAAGAGAUGGUUGCUCUUUCUGGCAAUAUUUGCGUGUCUGAUUUUCUUUUCACAUGGAAGAGUUCUCAAGUUGAAGAGUGAUGAUGAUGGUAGACCUGUUUACAACCAUACGCUCGCCAUAACGCUUGUGGAGUAUGCUUCUGCGGUCUACAUGUCUGAUUUGACAGAACUCUUCACUUGGACCUGUGAAAGAUGCAAUGGAUUGACAAAGGCAUAUGUCGGGGUGGCUAAGGAUUUGAAUGCUAUAGUUAUUGCAUUUCGGGGAACUCAAGAAAACAGCAUUCAAAAUUGGGUCGAAGACUUGUUUUGGAAACAGCUCGAUCUAAAUUACCCUGAUAUGCCAGAUGCAAUGGUGCACCAUGGCUUUUAUAUAGCUUACCACAAUACAACUGUACGGCCUGCGGUUUUGGGUGCUGUAAAACGAGUGAAGAAAUCAUAUGGGGAGAACAUCAACAUCAUGGUGACUGGUCACUCAAUGGGAGGAGCCAUGGCUUCCUUUUGUGGGCUAGACCUAGUUGUAAAUGAAGGAGAAGAAAACGUACAGGUUAUGACAUUUGGGCAACCUCGUGUUGGGAAUGCUGCUUUUGCAUCUUAUUACAGUUUGCUUGUGCCUAAUACCUUCCGCAUCAUACAUGACCAUGAUAUGGUUCCUCAUCUGCCUCCUUACUAUUAUAUUUUCCCUCAAAAGACAUACCACCACUUCCCAACAGAGGUGUGGGUGAGAGGUCUCAGUUUUGCGAACCCUGUUCUUUCUGGUAUGGAGAAAGUUUGUGACAACACCGGUGAAGAUCCUACAUGCAGCAGAUCAGUGAAGGGAUUUAGCAUUUCGGACCAUUUAAGAUACUUUGGGGUAGAGUUGAUGUGUGAGACUUGGAGACAAUGCACCAUAGUGAUGAGCAAUGAGAUGGAGAGUUACAGCAGGAAAGAUUCAAAAGGUAACAUAUUCCUGUCGAGGACAGUUCCUGCCACAGACGUAAUUAAAGUAGAAAAGUCUAUCGAAACUGGACUCCAUAGUUUAUAG